AUGCCUGCCUUUCCUCUCUCUAUGUCUCCCCCUCCUCCCCCCCGGAUCCUAUUCCCGUUAAUCUACUUCACGUGUGUGUGCAAGGCCAAAUCGACUCAACAAUCCUCUCUCCCUUGGCCCCCUUCCCUGUCCGCCCUCCCUCCGUUAACCAGGAUCUACUUCGCAUGUGUGUGCAAGGCCGUCACAGGAUGCACGGCACGCAAAGUGGAGGACCGCAUCGCCGGCCCGCCCCGCGGCAAGCACUCUGCACCGCCCGCCGUCGUGACUUUUGAGUCGACUCAAAAGUCAAAAGUGGAGGACCGCAUUGCCGGCCCGCCUCGCGGCAAGCACUCCGCGCUGACCGCCGCUGCUACUGCUUCUGCUGCUGCUGCCAGCACGGCGGACGCGACCUAUGCUGCUGAUACUGCCGAUGCUGCCGAUGCGGCUGAUGCUGCUGCUGAUGAUGCGGCUGCGCCGGCUCUUGAGGAUGAACGCCCCACCCGCCCCGAGCGCAUGGAGAUGCGCAAGGUGAUACGCAUGACGACUUCAGGCUUCCACAACCACCCUUCCUCGUUGUGUCUCAAGCGCCGCCGCCGCGCCGACGUCAGAGCAAGCGCCAUGGCUGCUCCUUUUCAAGACGCGGCAGCAGCCUACGCAGCACCGCUUGCUGCCCUCCUGAAACCUCACCAUGUCCCAUCUCAUCAUGCCGCAACUUCGCAAGGCGCUGAAAGUCCCAAAAACGCAUCAUGGGGUGAACUGUUCGCGACAAUCCCUCAAUUCAUUCCUGAGGUGCAGACCCGCGGCGACAAUCCCAAGGAGAUCCUGUGCACGUCAAAACCACUCACUGACCUUAUCCCGUCCUAUCGCUCGCUUGGUGAUACCAAGGAGACUUGCACUGCCCUUGCGCCUGCUGUCCUCUCGCACAGAAUCGCCGGCACAGCACAGCGGAGGAACUUCGGGAGCAUGCAUGAGCAGAUUAUGGCACUUAGCAAAGAGACAGAGGAGAUAAGCCAGGCUGAUGAUAAACUGGGCUUCCCAAUUGAUGGAGUCUGCUUCUCUGCUGCUGAACGGAUGAGUUAUCGGCCAAAAGAGCUGGAAUUUCAGCCUCAGGAGUUGUUAAAUCAGCCUCAGGAGUUAAGAUAUCAGCCUGGGCAGUUUGAGGAGUUGAGGUAUCGGCCUGGGGAGUUGAGCUACCAGGCUUCAAAGCGGCAGAGGGCAACGCAGGUGAAAGCUGAGCCAGACGUUUCUUUGGAGAGUCCCGGCGCCAGCUGCUGCCAGGAUGAGCCGCCCUGGCGUGCCGACAGCUGUGUGUCUGCCCCACACUUCUCAGCCGUGACUGCUCAACGGUCCUCAGCUGCCACCUGUGCUAUAGGGAACUUGCAAAGAACAUCGUCGUAUAGCCACGACGGGCUGCCCUGGCCUGCUGGAAGCUCCAUGUCUGCUCCACACUUGCCUGCUGGGCCGCUUUGGUCUGCUGCUGGCAGCGGCGAUGCAUCGUUCUUCCCUCGGCUGUCUGCGACGACCUGCGCCACUCAAGGGAUGCUGCACUGGAGCAGCCUCGGACUGCCACAGCGCUUCCCAAACCAAUGUUCGAACCCAGCAGGUCCGGCAGGCCCGCCAGGCCUGGCAGAACCUGCAGAAAACACCGAACCAGCAGGCCUGGCACCUUCAGCGUUCCUAGCACGCCCAGAAGCGCAAACAGCCGCAGCAACCUCGGCAGUGGCUCUUCCGCAAGACUGGCAGUUUCCAGCAAGUGCCAAGGUUGGCGAGAGCAGCAGCCCUGAUGUUGCACUAUUGCUGGAGGAGCUGUUGACUCCGGCUGAGUGGGAGGUCAUGCUCUCACGGAUGGUCCAGAAGCAAGGACCGUUGGAUAAGGUAGUGGAGCAGCAGAUGAACGCAAGCAUGGACUCCAACAUUGCUGCUGCUGCUGCUGCUGCUGCUGCUGCUGCUGUUAGUGGUGGUGGUGUUGCUGCUGCUGUGGCUAAUGCAGGAAUGGUGCUGCGUGCAUUGGAUUCAUACCGGGACCUCGCCUUUGCGUCUACCACUCAAAUCAGGGCGUCGCCCCUGCCAGAACCCCUGCCAUUCCCUGCUGCUCCUGCUGCUGCUGCUGCUGCUGCUGCUGCUGCUCAGACCGGUGCUUCUUCUGCUGCUCCGUCAAUGAUUGCUCCUGAUUCGAUACUCGCUCAAUCUGCACCUGCCGUACCUAACACUAUGGGAGCUACCCCUUUGGAUCCUUCAGCCAAGAUCAAGACCGAGCUUGAAUCAGAGCUCCAGGCGUCAAGCCUCGUUAUGUCACCACCAAUGGCAGUAGCAGCAGCACCUGCAGCAGCAGCAGCAGCGGCGGCGGCGGCAGGAGCAGCAGCAGCAGCAGAAGAUGAGCCGAAGUAUCUCCCUGCACCUAUUCAUACCGAGAUGCAUGUACCAACCUUGGUUGUCGCAGCAACAGGAGCCGUGGAAACAGCAGCACAGCGCCCACUACAGCCAAACCCGCUACAGCCGCACCUGCAGGCCAGAAGCCCAAUCAUAUUUCCUCGGUCAUUCUUGCAGCAAGGAGAGGGUACAUCUGGUGGUCAAACAAGCAUGGGAGGGAUUCACGUUGGCUUGUACGAUGGUCAAAUGGCCAUGUGUGUUGAUCAAACAGGCAUGUGUGGUGGUCAGUCGAUGGGUAUGGGCAGCGUUCAAGUGGGUAUGGAGUCUUCUUCGGGACAGCAGGAUGGGGAACAGGAGCUGUUUCCUUCAGCCGUGGCUGGCAGUCAAGGGGACGGGAAGGGGCUCUCUCAAAACGAGCUCCCUCAAACGGCGCUCUCUCAGAACGAGCCCUGUCAGGAGGAGCUCUUCCAAAACGAGGCUUUUCAAGAUGAGCUCACAACAAACUAUGACAAAUUACUUGAGUCGAUGUCUUUUCAUGGCAACGACAUAUCUGAGUGGCCUAUGGCACAGCAGCUAGAUGAACUUCUGCUAGACAAUGCAACUUUCACAAGCUUGAGUUAG